AUGAUUGGCCUUGAUGGAUGCUUCAUCAAGACUCCAUAUGGGGGUCAACUUCUAACAGCCAUUGGAUGGAACCCCAAUGAUCAGAUUUUGCCAAUUGCCUAUGCUGCUGUUGAAGCAGAGACGAAAGACUCGUGGAGAUGGUUUUUUUUGAAUUUGUGUGAUGAUUUGGGAGUUGAUAAGAUCAGAUGGUGUACAUUCAUGAGCGACCAACAAAAGGGAUUGAUCCCAACCUUUGAUGAGUUGCUGCCUGGCAUAGACCACCGUUUUUGUGUCAGGCACUUAUAUAGCAACUUCAGAAAAAGGUUCCCAGGUGUUCAGCUAAAGAUGAUGAUGUGGAAGGCUGCAAAGGCAACAUAUGUCCAGGAAUGGGAGAGGAGGAUGAAGGAGAUUCAGCAGGUUGAUCAAGGAGCUUAUAAUCAUCUCAUAGAGAUCUCUGCCAAGUAUUGGAGCAAGUCCAGGUUUAAUUAUUUUCCUAGAGUUGAUACACUUGUUAACAACAUGUGUGAGUGUUUUAACUCUGUUAUUGUAGAGGCUAGAGAGAAACCGAUUGUGUCUAUGCUAGAAGACAUUAGGGUUUAUCUAAUGAAUAGGUGGUCUGAUAACAGGCAAAGUAUAGUAACAUAUGCUGGAGAAAUAUUGCCAAAAAUAAACAAGAAAAUUGAAAGGGAGUUUGAUAAGGGUGGGGAGUGGCUGGCCAUAUAUGCUGGUAGGGACAAAUAUGAAGUGUCUAUCAGUCAGGGUAAUAGAGCCAAGAAAAUGUGUCUAGAUGUUAAGAACUAUGUCAACAAGUGUUAUAGGAAAGAGACCUACGUGGACUACUACCAACAUGUAAUCUACCCACUGAAUGGACCAAAUCUCUGGUCCCAGACUGAGAAUGAUGAUGUGCUGCCACCAGUGUUUAGGAAACCAAUAGGGCGCCCAAAACUGAGGAGGAACAAGACUGGUGAUGAGCCACGCAACAAUGGACCAUUGUCUAAGUUAGCCAGGACUGGACAGCAACAAAAAUGUUCAUAUUGUUUUGCACUUGGUCACAACAAAAGAACCUGCCCUAGAAAACGUAAGAUGGAGGCCGCACAGAAUGCAACUGCACAAGCCAAGAAAGGGGCUGGCACAACUAGGACUCCAAAAUUCAGCAAGAUCCCUGCCAAGACAACAACACAGCCAGCAACAAGAGUUCAGCCAAAGAGGAAGAGCAGUACACAAGUUGGAGGCAGCCAGGAGUCACAGACAUCAUGCAAGAGAGCUAGAUGCAGCAGCAGUGCCAGUCAACCACAACCAUCAACAGCAACAGUCACUAGCCCAUCAAGGAGGACCCUGAGGUUCAUGGAAAAAACACCACCUAGGGCCUGGAAGGCAUUGGGAUGA